AUGUCAGAGACUGACUCAGACUUUUUCACAAUGGCCAGUCCAGAGAGCUCGGGGGGCUCGGAGUUCUCCUACUCCCCCUACACGGACUUCACGCCGGGGCCGCCCGAGAAGACGAGCUACAAGUACACCAGCUCGUUGACGCGACGGCUCCGGCUCAUUGAGCAACACAAGGCCUUCCAGCGCGCUCUCUACGAAGAGCGCAAGAACAAAGGGCCUGUUCGGAUCAGGCCCCGGAAGAAGCCUAAGAUCGUAUCCAAUGUGGCCAACGCCAUGAAGGACGAGAAAUACGUCGCUCCUGAUCCAGCCACCCUCGAGCGGCUCAUCAUGAAGCCGUCUAAUGCGAAGACUUGCGCAGACAAUCAGGCCCCGGAGGCUGAUCGCGAGCUUCAAAGCCUACAUCGGCGCCGGCAGCUAGAGAGCGCCGGGCUGAUGCUGGACCCUGGCAACGAGCUCAAAAUCAACCUGUACGUUGAUUUCAAGAAGAGCUUGUGCAAGAACCUAAACGACACGCAGGAACUACUGUACUGCGCAUGGGGGGCGCUGAUUGUGCGCAGCGAGAAGCGCGAGUAUGCCAACCCCGCGGGCAAACCGCCCCAGGGUAUGGUGAGAGUGGGCCUGACCGUUGAGACAGAGUCCAUACAUCCCGAGGAUGUGUUCAACGAUGCGAUCGAGGCUACUCAAUACCUGUUCAGAACUCGCAAGUUCAAAGACAUGGAUUACCCGAUCGGGUAUGGGAAUGUCACGCUGAACCUGGUUCAUUAUGGGCACGCUCCCAAUGGCGCAUUGCCAUCAUCUGUGGGAGUCGGUGUCCUCUUGCACGAACUAUAG